GAUACCGGGAUACUUUGGUUCACUGUUACGCCUUCUAAGUCAGUCUGUCAGUCUGAUAUGACCUUAGGCUUCGCCUCGUGAUACACCCAUCCACUUCACAUCCUCCCCAUCCAUCGCAUAUUCCCACACGUUACCCUAGUCACUUAGGCCUGUUGGUUGAUAUAUUAUCAAUCGUACAUCCCGACUCUAUCGUUUUCCCCGGAUUUUCUUUUUUAGACUAUUACGUUACUCAGCAUUACCGGCGCCGUUGCUACUUCUUACUUCUAUAUAUUCCAACCCGUGGAAUAUACUUCGACUUCACAUCUUUCUACCUUCACCACAUCGUCUGAGCAACACAUCCACACAAUGUCGUCGACAUCGAGGAUACCUACGAGCGAGCUUAACGCCGCCGCUCUUGAGCACUUCGUCUAUAAGCCAGUUAGCCCGGCUAUGAUCCAAUAUCUGGCACAAGCAGCGAGAGAUGUCAUCCAGUGCGAUCCAAACAUGAUGCCUCCACCGGCACACAAGUCGCAAUAUCCCUCGCCACCAAGGACACCUUCUCCCAAAGCUGUUCAAAUUGACGACAGCGGUCUACCAACUUUGGAGGAGUUCAUCACGCAACUAGUCCGAUCUUCUAACGUGCAGGUACCCACUCUCAUGUCCACAUUAGUCUACCUCACCCGGUUGCGAUCACGCCUGCAACCCAUGGCCAAGGGCUUACGAUGCACAACGCACCGUAUCUUCCUCGCCACGCUCAUCCUGGCGGCCAAGUACCUAAAUGAUAGCUCGCCUAAGAACAAGCACUGGGCGACAUACAGCCACAUGAACACCGACGGAUACAGCUUUGGCUUCAGCCGGACGGAAGUUAACCUGAUGGAGAAGCAGCUACUCUUCCUACUCGAGUGGGAGCUUCGCAUCUCCGAGGAAGACCUAUACCGUGAGCUGGAUCCCUUCCUGGCACCGAUCCGCGACCACAUUGAGGCAUCUCACGCGCGCCGCAUGCAGCGCAAGGAAGACCAGCGCAAGAUGCGCGAGGCCCAAGCCUGGGCUGCCGCAGCCUCCGCGCAGUUCCCGACGCCUCCCAGCUCGCGUGGCAGCUCAAGAGCGCGCACACCGCCCGAGCAGACCAUCCGCAUGGUUCACGACGACAACAUGUCGCCGCCGCAGCUCGUCUACUCCUCCGGAAGCAGCAGCAGCGGGAGUUCUUACGCCUCCUCAGUCUCCUCGCGUCAGCAUUCCCGCUCGUCUACGCCACUCUCCGACCCCGACGACAACAGCUACUUGUACGACGGCUCUCUGUACGCGUCUCCUGUCGAAGUCGUCCUCGACAUGCCGACUGCGGCGGGCAGGGGCUACGUCGCUCACAGCAAGCCUACGAAGCAGCUGCUCCCCUACGAGAUUAGCGCGGACGACCUCCGCGCCAUGCAAGACGGCAGCGCGAAGGCGAAGCGCGCAAGGACCGGGCGGGGGAUGUGGGGGCGCAUGUUUGGUGGGGGGAUCGCUGUGCGGUAAAUUUACACACAGUUUAUUAUUUCUGUUAUUUUCCCUUUGUAGUAAAGGUUUGGUUUGGUUUGCAUUAUAGCCAGGAGUUUUAGGUUUUUGGGUUGGGGGUUACAUUGGGGCGUAUCACACAUGCUACGAAGCGAGAAAAAAGGGGGUUGUGACUAUUCCGUUGCUUCUUUCUCCUCCUUUUUUGGUUCGAUUCUGAA